CGCUUGCUUGCAUGGUGAUUGGAUAGACCACCGAUGACGAAAGGAGCAGCACUGCCUCCAUCAAUCAUCAAGCUUAAUAUUCCAGCAUUACUCAGUACCACUACAAGUACGGAAUCGUAGUCAAUUAGACCAAAAGAAAACAGGGAUUGCGAAAACAGGCACUACGUGGAGUAUUCGAUUGCUUAGGCCUCACUCCAGACAGGUGUAGAUUACAGUGCAGUACAGUCUAUCAAUCUCUCGCUGCAUUCGACAAYAAUCAAGGCGGUCAUGCUUUUUUCGACAUUGGGGUCGGCGGCGUCGACUUCGACGACGAUGACGUUGCUGCUCGUUGCACUGGCGGCGGUGGUCUUCACUGGGCCGGUGUCCGCUUUGCCGCACGGGAGAUUUUUCGAAUUCACUGGAACGGAAGAGGGAUUCGGGUUCUCCUUGGACGACGACGAAAACGAUGCCGCGAUAAGCAGCCGGGGGGGUUCCUCCCACAAGAAACGAUGCUUAACCAUCAGUGAGUACUUUGAAUUGAUGAUCCGGCGGUAUUUAAUGAAAAUCUUUUUCUCACGACGCAACGCAACGCAACGUAACGCAACGCAACGCAACAAAACACAACCUAACACAAUGUAUAUGUUCCAUUCUUACAGCCGAUCUGAUUUGUCAAAACGAUGACUUCACGAUCUUGUGUGAGGGAUUGAAAGACACAGGAUUAGACAGACCACUAGACAACAAAAACGGCCAAAAGUGGACUCUCUUUGCACCCACUGAUAAAGCGUUUCAGCGGCUCAGUAAACACGUUAUAGAAGAAAUUCUAUCGAGCGUCGAAAGCCUUGAAUACAUCCUAGCGUACCACACCGUGAGAGGAAAAGAGCUGUUUCGCAAACGGCUAAAGUGUACCUUACUAUUAGAAAUGACGAACGGCCUGGAUACCCGCACCGUCUGCGCCGGUGACAAAGUAUUUCAAAAAGGCUCCGGGAAUUCCGACAGCAAAAAACCAGAAAUCAUAGAAUUUAACCAAAAGGCUUGCAACGGUGUGAUCCAUGUAGUCGAUCGGGUGAUUCUACCCAAAAAGAUGUGGGAUUCGUACAAGAGCAAGCGUCGGAAACCAACGCCGUAUCCAACACCGAAACCGUACACAUACCCACCAACAUACAGCCCAACCUACAAGCCUGUAGCUCCUCCGGUACCGUAUUAUCCUCCUCCGGUCGCUCCGCCGGAACCAUACUAUCCUCCAGUGGCUCCUCCAGUACCAUAUUAUCCGGAGCCAUACGACGAACCAUAUUAUCCUCCAGUGGCUCCUCCAGUACCAUAUUAUCCGGAGCCUUACGACGAACCAUAUGAAGAAGCUUACCACGAACCAUACGAAGAACCAUACCAUGAUCCUUACCAUGAUCCUUACGAAGAACCGUAUCACGAAGAACCAAAUGAAGUAUACCAAGAUUUUGUUCACGAUUUGCAUGCUGAUGCCCACAUUGACUCCGGUUCUGGUUGCCCCUCAAUCGGUAAGAUCCAUUGAUAAUACAAGUAUUAUGCAUUCAUACAUGUGAGAAACCCUGGAUAUGUCCAGUGCAUUGCAUUUUCUAACAACCGCAUGUUUCCUUUCGAAUURUUCUUGUACAACACGCAGCCGAGAUUGUUUGUAAUACGCCCGGAUUUGAUUUACUCUGUGAAGCCCUCACAAUCACCGGUCUGCUCGACUUCUUGGAGGAUGGGUCCGAAUGGACACUCUUCGCACCCACAAAUGAAGCUAUCGAGAAUCUGAUCGUGAGUGUUCCUCAUGGAACCCUCAACCCAGAGAGCAUGACGGAUCUCCUGCUAUUUCAUUUGAUCGAAGACGAGGCCCUCCCAUUCGAUUCCUUGGAUUGUGAAGAAUGGGUCCAAAUGUCCGACGGUGGCUUUACGUAUACGCACUGUCGCGGCUUCGAGAAAUACCAGGUUGGCCGUGGGAAUGGUUUUCAGCAAUCAUUGAUCAUGUUGAAGGACAGCCCAAUAAUACUGAGGGAAGAUAUUUUUGCCUGCAACGGAAUUGUUCAUUCCGUAGAUACGGUGCUGCUGCCUGACUGGUGGUAGACAUCGCAAUGGAUCAUCAAAACAUUUUGCUUGCAUGCAUACCAUUAAUUGUAGGUACUGUCAUGGCCGCAAACAGGGGGAUUGAUUAUUAUGCUCUGAUUGAUUCAUCAAUCAAUCACAAGAACGACGAUCUAAAACAGUGAAUUUACUCCGACAUUCAUGUAGCCCUUUCUCGAAGAAUGGGCAGAGAUGCCUCAAAGCACUAGUGCUACCUCUGUCGGACAGAGCCGACCACCAGCAGAAGCAGGGAAUUGUUGUUUUUGUUUAUUUGGGGGUAUCCUGCUUUAGAUGAGGAUAAUUGUCGGCCAACAACUGUUCAUCUAGUAGUAGUUCAAACAGUAGAAAGAAUGAUGAAAGCUCAACAAGCCUGUGGGGAUUUGGGUUUGCGGGGUCUUCGACAUAGAAUAAUAGUUAUCAUAAAUA